AUGGCUAUGAAAGGGAAGACUGUUGCGAAGAAGGUGGCGAAGGCGCCCGCUAGUAUCGACAAGAAGAAGCGCAAGCGCCUCGAGACGUACAGCAUCUACAUCUACAAGGUUCUGAAGCAGGUGCACCCGGACACGGGCAUCAGCUCGAAGGCGAUGUCUAUUAUGAACUCUUUUGUGAACGACCUGUUCGAGCGGAUUGCGUCGGAGGCGAGCAAGCUUGCGCAGUACAAUAAGACGAAGACGCUGACGUCGCGGGAGAUCCAGACUGCAGUGCGCCUGCUGCUGCCGGGCGAGCUUGCGAAGCACGCCGUCUCCGAGGGCACCAAGGCUGUCACCAAAUACACCUCAAGCCAGUAA